AGUGUCCGCCAGAGGCGCCAGACCUGCGUUUGUUAGUUUCGGAGCAGCACUAUAGGCCUAUUCGAGGCGCAGCGCACGACGUCGUUUCCGCACAAUGUUUUCAGCAUAUAUCAACGCUGCUGGAUCGGAGUGAGCACCUUCAGUGCGGGCAUCGGAGCGUCUUCUGCGCGACGGAUACGAGAGGAACGGCGUCGUAAUUUCACUGUGUACGCAAAGUGCUUGACAAAAUACUUGCGAGAUGAUAAGCGCACGUAUAAUUGAGAGACGGCAUUCCAAUUAAAUUGCUUGGGAAGCAUGACGCAUGCUUCUCCUACCGAGGAACUUCGCAAUCGCAGGGGGAACAAUUACUCGGAGGCCUGCACAGGUAGUAAUGUAAAUAUCGCAAUGGCAACUGGAGGAGGAAGUUUUAUAAGUAAGCCUGCAAGAGGUUGGCUUCACCCAGACCAUCUUGUCAGUAAAGAAGGAAUCACUUAUGCAGUUCGAUACAUUGGCUGUUUAGAAGUUUAUACAUCGAUGAAAAGCUUAGAUUUUGAGACUAGAUCUUGUGUAGCAAAGGAAUGCAUAAACAGAGUUUGUGAAGCAGCUGGACUGAAAUCUGCUGAUAAAAAAAGAAGGGUUGAUAGAAAAGUUUUAAAAGCCAUCGCAGAUAAACCAUGUAUGGAUCAUGCUGGAUCAAACAUUAAUUUAACAAUCAGUAGUUGUAGCCUUGCAUUAAGUGUUUUGGAAACAGGUCAAGUCAUAGCGAAACAUGAAAUGCCACGCAUAUCAUUUGCAUCUGGCGGUGAUACUGAAAUUUUAGACUUUGUGGCCUAUGUUGCCAAAAAUAUGCAAGACUGGCGAGCUUGUUAUGUAUUAGAGUGCGGAGGAGGCCUAGCACAAGAUGUUAUUUCCACUAUUGGUCAAGCUUUUGAAUUACGUUUCAAAGAAUUUCUCACAAAACCGUCUUCCUUGCAUCCUGCAUUAAACGGUAUGAGAGAAGCAGAUCGAGAUUAUUACAACGAUUUACCUGGUAAGGUCCCGCCUGAUAUUGGACCACCACCAGUACCACCUCUACCAGUUUGUUCAGCAACCUUACCAAAUUUAAAACAUCACCACUCUAGCUCAAAUAGCAGUGGAGCAGCAUGUAGUAGCAUACAAAGUACUCCUCUUCCUGAUCCCGUUGGAAAAAGCGGAAGAUCAACACAACAGUGGCCUGAAACAGGGAAUUUAAUAGAUUUAAGUUCGGACGGCAGUAUAGCUUCCAGUGCUAAUCCUGAGCACAAUUAUGUUAACGAUACUGUGAUCGCAGCGAAUCGAGACAAUCGAAGAGAGCCUGCAACUUUCUUUGAUGCAUUUGAUAUGCAGCCCUUCAGUACAGCCAUAUCGGAAAUGAAUAAGUUGAGUCCCCAGUGCCAGAAGCAACAGUUAAAGCAAGAGAUUUGGUACCAUGGAAGUGUUAGUCGCUCCGAGGCGGAAUCAAUGUUAACAAGAGAUGGAGAUUUUCUAGUUCGCGAAUCUCAAGGUUCUCCGGGGCAAUACGUUCUUACGGGAAUGAAUAAUGGGAUUCCUAAACAUUUGCUGCUUAUCGAUCCUGAAGGAAUUGUAAGAACCAAGGAUCGAGUGUUCGACAGUGUGAGUCACCUCGUGAAUCAUCACUGCGAUAACACGCUUCCAAUCAUUUCAGCCGAUAGUGCUCUGGUUCUUCGAUAUCCCGUGCCAAGGCGCACGACCUAUUAAACAUCAGUUAUCAUCUACAAAUCAUGUUUCAAUGCAUCUUAUACCUAAUUAAUAUUUAAACAAUCGACCUGUUUACGAACCUCUUCUCUAGCAAUCUUAUUUUUGUAAUAUAUAUUCUCUAAUGCGUAUAAUCUUAAGGUUUGUCUGUAUGUAAAAUACUUAAUUGUCGGAUGUGGAAAAUCGAAUUUGAAGAAAGCGAUAUCUUAUAAUACGUUUACAAGAUACAUAUGCAGAUUAUUCUCGUUUAUUCCAUUGAUGCGAGACGAAUUUCUCCGUUUUAUAUUUUUAUAUAGUCAAUCGCAUUUCAUUCCUAUACAAAUAUCUAUAUACAAUGCGACUUGCGAAAAAAUUAUUUUCUACAGUUAUUUAUGGUUCAUAAUUUGAAUUGUUAUUAAAAAUUAAAAAAAGACAUUUUAUCGCAAAGUUUUCGAAAUGGUAAUAAAAUCUUUAUUUUGUAA